GCGGGUGUGGUUCGAGUUCGGUUCCCAGACCGGGUCGGGACACCUCUGGGGACGACCCAUCCCUCCGAGGAGGCUGUGCGGGGCCCCAUCACUUUUUGCAGCGGGACGUACGGGGCGCCCCGGGGGUCAGGGAAAGCUUCCUGGAGGCGGUGGUCUUCAUUAUUGGCAGUGGAGCUCCUUGAGUCCAGCCUGCCCCAGGUGGCAGCUCACACUGGGCCUCGGAUGCCUUUCUACCAUGUGCUGUGGUUUUCCGCCCCACCCCUGGAGAGGAUCAGGCUGUCUGUGACCUCCCUCCCCAACCUGCUGCAGCUCCCCGCUCUUGAUGGGCUCAAGCCUUGGUGGGCCGCUCGGGGAGGGACUGGUGUAGUGGGUCUGUCUGGCUGGCCCAGGUUCGCAGAGCACUUGCACACAUGCUGGAAGCCCUCUGGCCACCCCUGACCACUGCCCCGCAUCUUUCAGAAUGGCACUCAGAAGUCAUGGGACUUCAUGAAGACACAUGACAGUGUGGCCAUUCUCAUGUUCAACUCUUCCCAGCAGAGCCUGGUGUUGGUGAAGCAGUUCCGGCCAGCUGUGUACGUGGGCGAGGUGGAACGCCACUUCCCAGGGUCCCUGGCUGCUGUGGACCACGACGGAGGCCGGGAGCUGCGGGUGGCACUGCCUGGCUCAGCGGGGGUCACAUAUGAGCUGUGUGCGGGCCUCGUGGACCAGCCUGGGCUGUCGCUGGAGGAAGUGGCCUGCACAGAGGCUUGGGAGGAGUGUGGCUACCGCCUGUCUCCCUCUGACCUGCGCCGGGUCGCCACCUACAAGUCUGGUGUGGGACUCACUGGCUCCAGCCAGACUAUGUUCUACGCAGAGGUGACGGAUGCCCAGCGGGACGGCCCGGGCGGGGGCCUGGCGGAGGAGGGUGCGCUCAUUGAGGUCGUGCACCUGCCUCUGGAUGGUGCCCGCGCCUUCGCGGAUGACCCAGCUGUCCCCAAGACCCUCGGUGUCAUCUUCGGCAUCUCGUGGUUCUUCAGUCGUGUGGCCCCUGGCCUGCGUCCCCAGUGAGACUCCAGGGGCCCAAGACCAAGGCUACUUCUGGCCACUUGGCCUGCAGAUGAAAAUAAAGGCUUGUGUGGCUCUA